CUCCUUCUUGCCCUCAAGUUGCCGCCAUUUUGUCCUGAAAUUUGUAGUAAGGUACAAGCUUUGUUAACAAUUGGCGUAAUUUAAACAUUCAAUGAUAUUUAAAUUAAAUUAACCUUGAAAAAUAAGAGUUUCCUACAGAGUUGUUGGUUAUCGACCCGUAGGGCUAUAGAAAUGGACGGACCUAGACCUCCAUUCCGUGGAGGUUUCCGCGGUGGACGCGGAGGUCCACCGGGUCCGAAUCCGAGAGGAAGGGGUGGUUUCGAUAUGCGUGGACGUGGUGGCCCUGGAAUGCGAGGGCGUGGAGGACCCCCAACGCGUGGGAUGUCUCGUGGAUUCCGUGGCGGACCCAUGCGUGGUGGUGGUGGUGGUGGCGAAAGAGGCGGACGUUUCCCGCCUGGGCCACAAGGACCAGGUCCCCAUCCAGUGCCUACAAUUGAAUCUAGAGGAAUUCCUGCACAAAGAGGUGGUUUCAACAGGGGUGGGCCAGGUGGCAUGAGGGGCAGAGGAGGCAGAGGCAGAGGCGACUUUGGUCCACGAAAUGAUAGAGGUGGCCGUGGAGGAAUGGGAAUGAGAGGUCGUGGAGGCCGCGGUGGAAUUGGUGGACCACCAGGUGGUCCUCCCACAGGGCCCCCUGGACCUCACCCAGGUGUUGGGCCAGUGGGGCCUCCUGCAGGGCCUGGCGGGCCGCCAAACAUGGCACCAAGGCCAGCACCUGUACCACACCAACCAUCUGGAGCACCACCCGGCCAACAAGGACCUCCAUUCAAGAGAGGAGGUGGACCACCCCAUGGUGGACCUGGAGGUCCACCUAAACGUGGAAGGUUUGAUGGACCACGAGGAGGGGGUGGUGGCAGACCUCCACCAUCAGGAUAUCAAGCGCCUCCACCUCACAAUGCCCCUCCAGCUAAUGGAUAUGGACCUCCAUCACACACAGGCUACCAACCUUACGAGCCACCAGCAGCAGAUCCUUAUGGACAGCCAUCUUACAACACUGGAAGUUCAUAUCAAAGUAACAACUAUUCUGCACCUGCACCAGCCCAGUCUAACACGGGAUACAAUUCCGGUUAUGGAUCGGGAUCUGGAUAUGGGUAUUCCACAGGUGGUCAAGGAGGCUACGAAAAUGAGUAUGGGGGUGGUGCGGGAGGCGCGGGCGACGCGGGCUAUGGCGCGGCCGAGCCGUCGUAUGGCGGCGGCGGCCCCCCGCCCGCGUACGAGUCGUACCCGCAACCCGCGUACAACUCAUACCAGCAACAACAACCACAAUAUAACAACAGCUAUGGCAGUUGGUGAUCUGUUUGAAUAUAACAGAAAGUAACGUCUAUGAGCGUGUUUACGCUACAACUUAUAAAGUAGCUGCUACAAAUAAUUGACGCAUGUGGAACACAAAUACUACACUUUUUCAUAUAAGAUUGUGUUAGGUAAGAUUUUAUUCAAAGAGUGAAUGAAGACAUGAAAUUAUUAGCAGAUUUUAUUGCAAUGACCAUGACGCAUGUAUACUGACCGUAAUAUGACACUUGAUUGUCGGUGAAGAGAAUAAUGUUUUUAAUUUAUAAAUAUUAACACAUUGUUUCAAGAUUUACAAAAGUACAUUACUUUUAAGUUUGGACAGAAGAUUAAUAUGGGAUGUGGUAUAAUUAUAAUAAUGAAAUAUCGAAUUUCGAUGAAAAUUUCCAUUUUAAUAAAUAUUAAAGUAUGUGUGCGCCACUGAGUAAUUUAGGACAGUCCCUAUUCUGUAUUACAUUUACUAGUGAAAAUAAAGUUAUAAAAAACGAGUAGGUUAUCGUGAAAAUAUCUCAAAUUUGUUUAACAACUGUCGUGACUAGUAAUGUUUAAUAAUAAUUUUGUACUUAUGGUACUAUUUGGACACCCGGUGACCUUAUAAUGGAUUAAUUUGGUAGAUAUCCAUUGUAUUUAUUGACGGUAUUAUAGAGUGAGUGUAGGUACCAUCUUUUAGAUUAUAAGCACCAAUUUGUAAUAAAAUCGUGAAACAUG